UGACAAGAACGUACCAUAAACAAACAUAUUAUGCAUAAAUUAAUUUUGUAUAGUAAAAAAUUUAUAUAUCGAAUUCAUUUAAGAAUAACGAAAUUAACUUGGCAAUCGAUCGUUUGUUUUGUGUAAAUUUUACAAUUUUCAAUUUGAACGAUCUAGAACACGACAGCCGUGGUCGAGAAAAACAAAAUCGUCGUCCAAUUUAAAUGACGCAAGAUUCAACGACAUAACUAAUUACCCGCUGUUUAAAAUAGAGACGCGUUUCGCCAUUACCAUGUGAUACUGAUAACGGAAUCAUGAAUAAUAAUAUAUGGAUAACCAAACAAAUGACAAAUUUAUCAUCUUAAAGAAAAUUGAUAAAUUCUAAAUUCUAUUUCUACCAAAUACCAAUUGCUGUUGGCUUUGUUGCCUGUUGAAGAGAAGAUGGAAACUGAAAAAUCAUUCCAAUGAAAACGAUUUUAUAACGAACAUAUUUUGAUCUAUAAGUUUUACUGAAGUUGAAUUGGUGAACUGUUAUUAUUUUCAUUAAGCGCUGAAGCAGUAAGUUCAUCACAUUAAUCAUAACAAAAAUCUCAUCAUUGUCAUAUAAUUUUGUUUAUCAUUUAUUUAUAUUGUUUAAUAAUAUGAAUAUGUUGGAAAAUGUGCACUUAAAAAAAAAUUCUCAUUAGAUUUAAUUGUAAAAUAUGUCUUUAUUAUGAUUUUAACAAACAACACAACUACAAUGAAUAGUUCAGGGCAAAGUAACGAAUCUGUAAGUAAAGUCUGUGGUGAUCUUCUAAGCAGUUCUGCAUGGAGUGCUGUUAUUCAUCAACCAGCACAUGAUUCUGAUUUAGAAGACUUGCCUUCAACAGUUGACAUGGAUGCUAUUAAAGAUCCUAUCCAGACAUCUCAUAAUACUAUAACUAACCAAGUGGUUGAUUUCUCUGAAUCAGAAUCAGAAUCUGAAACUGAAUCUGAAAAAGAAAAAUAUUGCACUAAAAAAUUUGGUUACUCUUCUGUUGAUGAUGAUAACAUUGAUGACUCAUCAGAUACUUCAUUUUCAUCAUAUCUACCUUGGUCAAAGAGAAAAGAAUUGGACAAACAAAAAAGAACUAAAGAUUCAGUAGAAUCACAUUCACAUUCAAGUUCAAGUUCUAGUGAUGAAUCUAGCUCUUCUUCUAAAUCAACACAUUUUGUGAAGCAACCAAUUUAUGAUGGAACUUCUAGUGAUGGAUCAAAAAAAAAAGAAUUUUGGCAAGAACCAAAAAAAACAUUUUCUUCGAGUUCAGAGCUGGACAAACUUGAAAACUUAGAACCUGAACAUUUACAAGUCAUAAAUCAAGAAGAUUUAGCUGAAAUUUUAUCUGAUGUUCAAAAUCAAAGUUUUUCAACUGGAUUUGAUGAUGUUCAACCAAAAAAUUUAAGUGAUAGUAGUGACUCAAGUGAAAUAGAAAUUAAAGAUUGUGUCGUCAAUGAUGCAAUUAUACGUUUAAAUAAUUCUUCUGAAGAUGAAAAUAAAAAACCAGCUUAUUCGUCGAAAUUGUUAAAAGACUUUGUUGAGAAAACAGAAAGUGUGGUACAAAAACCUAAUAGCAAAACUAAUUUACAUUCGUUAGAAAAAAAAGCGGUUAUUGUUAAACAAAAAGAAAAUGUUAUUAAAAGAGGCAGAGGAAGACCAAAAGGUGCAAUUGUGACCAAAGCCGAUAAAGGAAAUAUAGACACACAAAACGUUUUGCCCAAAUUGUCAGCCAAUUUUAAGCGUGGACCUGGUCGUCCCAAAAAAAUGCCUCCACUUUUAGAACCAAACAGUCCAACUACAAAGAGUUUUGAUUAUGAUCCUCCUAAACAAAUUAAAGUUCAUAAAAAGAAAAAAAGUAAGAAAAAGAAAAAAAAGCGUAAGAAGGCAUUAAAUCCUAAAUUUAUUGCUGAAAUGGAAAAUUUAGUUACAUUGUUUAUUCAGUGUUUAAAUAUAUCUAAAAUCGCAGAGACUAUUAGAGGUAAAUCAAGUUCAUUGAAAUCUAAACAAAGAGAUAGAUCUGGUAAAAAAAGAAAAAUUGACAAAACAAGUUACAGUGACAAUGAUAUUGAUAAAAAAAGAAAAAAAGGAUCUCCAGAUACUUCAAGAGAUUCUGAAACUACUAAUGAUCAACGACUACCACUUAAAAAGCGGCAUUACCAUAUAACAUCAUCAACAGGUGCUGGUGUUACAUAUGUUGAAGAUGUAUCUAGAGAUGAAAAUUCUGGUAGUGACUCUGAUAAACAAAUUAAAACAGCUAAAGUAAAAUCUGAAGUUAAGAAAAAGUCAGGUUUACGAAGUAAUUCUGCAAUACCAGAAGUUAAAGCAAAAGAUAGUGAAAAAAAAGAUGAACCUAAGCCAAAGAAACUCCCUGCUGGAGUAUUUGUACCAACUGUUGAAAUGCCAAGUUUACAACUGAAAAAGAAAGUUGAUGAAAAUAAUGUCAAAAAAGUGAAAUUAGUUAAACCUGAAAAAGUAAGUCCAGUAGCCAAGUUAAAGAAAAGAAAAAAAUGUAUAAACCGAACUGGAUUUCCUGUAAAGAAAAAAAAGAAGAAACGUAUAGAUCUUAUGGUAUCUGAUGAAGUAUCUAUUAAACAUAAAAGUGUUGAUCCACGGCCGAAAAGUGAACGAAUUGAAAUCACUCCUGAAAGGAGAAGUAUCCGUGCUGUUGUUCUUAAUAAAUUAAAAGAUAAAAAGAAAGAUGAAAAAGAGGAUAGUGAUGCAUCUACGGUAAGUUUACCUAAAAAACCCAAAACGGACCCUACUGAAGUAAAAUCUCAGAAGAAGAAGCCUGAUAAAAAGCAUUCAAUACAGUCUUGGAACUAUAGGAAGUUAAAGACAAAUGUUUAUUAUGAUUUUAAACCAAUUUGUACUUAUGAAGCACAAGCAUGUAAUUGUGUAGUACCAACUGAAGGUAAAGGUUGUACAGAUGAUUGUAUAAAUAGAAUGAUAUUUGCUGAAUGUUCGCCUGAACUUUGUCCGUGUAAAGAAAAAUGUUCUAAUCAACGUCUACAAACUCAACAAUGGGCUCCUGGCUUAGUUAAAUUCAUGACUGAAGAAAAAGGUUGGGGAAUUAAAACUACCGAAGAAGUAAAAAGUGGUGAAUUGUUAUUAGAAUAUGUUGGUGAAGUAGUAAGUGAACAAACAUUUAAAGAUCGGAUGACAUCUAUUUAUAAAAAUGACGUGCACCAUUAUUGCUUAAAACUAGACGGAGGAUCAGUUAUUGAUGGUCAUAGAAUGGGCGGUGAAGCAAGAUUUGUCAAUCAUUCUUGUGAACCUAAUUGUGAAAUGCAGAAAUGGAGUGUGAAUGGAUUAUUUAGAAUGGCAUUGUUUGCUCUUCGUAAAAUACAAAAAGAUGAAGAAUUAUGCUAUGACUAUAAUUUUUCCUUAUUUAAUCCAGAUGAAGGUCAAUUAUGCAAAUGUAAAUCUCAAAAAUGUAGAGGUGUUAUUGGAGGAAAAACUCAAAGAAUUACUAUAAGAUCUCCCAGUGUUGCAAAACAUCUACCAACUAAUAGAAAUCGUUCAAGAAAAGCUGCUCCCAAUACUAAUACUUCACCCAAAAAGUCUUUAUCUAUUGUUAGUAUACAACAAAAACUAGUAUCAAACGCACCUAUCGUAAUCAGUCGAGAAGAUAAAGAACUAAUAUUUCUGCAUAAAAUAUGUUUGUAUAGAAACCUUAUGAAAAUAGAAAAAAUAAGGAAAAAACGAAGAGGAAAAGAUAAUAAACCGAAACAACCUGAAGUAUUUAGAGCACAAAUGAAUGCCCUAACUAAUAGCUGUUCAGUACGAACUAGAAGACUUGCAACUGCUCAAAAUGAUCCUGAAAUGGAAAAAAAGGCUAAAUUGGCCACAAUAUUUAAACAACUUUUUGACAUAAUAUGUAAUGCUAAAGAAGAAACUGGUGAAAUACUAGCUACUCCAUUUAUAACAUUACCAUCUAAACGUAGAGUUCCAAAUUACUAUCAAAAAGUAUCAGAACCUAUUGAUUUAACAACUAUUGCUAAUAAUAUUGAAGUAGGUGUUUACGAUACUGUAAUUGGAUUUGAUUCAGAUAUUUUGAAAUUACUUACAAACAAUGUGAAGUAUUAUGGGCGGACUUCAGAUUUAGGUGUAAUAUCCACUCGUUUACGUAAGAUUUAUAAUUUAGCUAAAAUAGAAUUUGUACCAAAAAUUGAAAGCAUUUUGGAAAAACCUAUUCCAGAAGCUUUUAUAGCUGAGAAAAAUAAUCCUGGUGGUGAUCAAGAUGAUGUAGUGCGAUGUAUUUGUGGUUUACAUGAAGAAGAAGGUUUGAUGAUUCAAUGUGAACGUUGUUUGGUAUGGCAACACUGUGAUUGUAUUAAAGCUGAUCCUGGAAAAGUAGAAUAUUACUUGUGUGAACGUUGCGAUCGCCGAGAAGUUGACUAUGAAAUACAGCUACCAACACCACCAAGCUAUGCUGAACCCUCAGAAGUUCAUUAUUUAACAUUAAUGAGAGAAGAUUUACAAAUUCGAGUAAAUGAUACAGUUUAUGUACUUAGAGAUAUUACAAAUCCUGAAAGUGGUAAAUCACAUUCUUAUAAAACUAUAAAAAAUUUCAAAUAUUCGGAUUGUGAUAUAUUUAGAGUAGAACGAUUGUGGAAAAAUGAAAAUGGUGAGCGCUUUUCUUUUGGACAUCAUUAUCUUAGACCACAUGAAACAUACCAUGAACCGACACGGAAAUUUUAUCCUAAUGAGGUUGUCAGAGUCCCUAUUUAUGAAAAAAUUUCAUUAGAUCUUAUUAUGGGCAGGUGUUGGGUUCUUGAUCCUUCUACAUAUAGCAAAGGUUAUCCUAUUGGUUCUGAGCAUAAACAUCUGUAUAUAUGUGAAUACAGAGUAGACAAAUGUGCAAGAAUGUUUGCAAAAAUGAAUAAGUCAAAAAAUCCUCCAAUUUGUACCAAGAGUUAUGCUUUUGAGAAGUAUGAUAAAAAACUAAAAUUAGCAAGAACAUUUGCACCUCAUGGGCUUAUGGUAAAAGUGACCAAUAGCUCUACAACCCCUCGACCUCGACAUAUAGAAACUAUUCAAACUUCUAAAAAAAUAACUAAAGCUCAAUUUUCAAUAAAAAAACAAAGGUUGGAUACGCUUUUAACAAAAUUGCUAUCCAAUUUACCAGACGAAGAAAAAGUUGAUGUUACAUAUUUACUUGAACCGGGUAGACGACAUAGGAAAAAACCGUCUUUCUUAGAAUUAUAAUAAUUAAUUAUUAUGUUAUUUUAUAUUAUAUUGAUUAUAAAAAAUGAACCAUUAUAAGUAAAUUUGUGUCAUAGUAAAUAAAGUUAAUUUUAAUUCUAAGUUCACAAUUUUAUUUUGUAAAUAAAUUAAAUUUAUCUUGAGCACUCUUUACAUAAUAUUUAUAAACUACUUAAUUUACUAUAUAUUUUUAUAAUUGAUUAAUAUUCUAUAAAAUCAAAAUGAACUGUGAUUUUGUUAAAUUACAAAAUGUGAUGUAUUGUUUCAUAUAAAUUGUUAUACUCUUAUUUUAUGUAUCAUAAAAAUACCUUAGUUAUAGCUGAGUGAAUACCAUUUGUAAACAA